ACAGGAAGGCGGACAUGUUGGUCAGGCUGUGGGAGAAAAUCGGGCAUCGUCUGCUGUUUUUUUCCGAAAACUAACACAUAUCUUAAGCCCAUUUUUAUGCCUUCGACCUGAGAGAUGUAUCUAUGUGGACGGGAAACAGUCGACAGUCAGUGACAGUGCACGGGAUGUCGCGGAAGCACUGCCGUUAAACGUUGUAACGACUCCGUGUUUAAACUGAUCGAAAUUUGGAAGAAGCAGAAGUUUUUUUCCCACCACUUCUACUUUUGAGCUGUCAGAAUCUAUUGUCGUUUUCUGCAAGGACCUGGCAAAAUAUGGGAACGAGUCUGGACUAACAUAUCCGCAAACUGUGCUUUUCAAAAAGACAUUACAUUUAACUUUUAAUUGCCUUUUGUUUGGAUGCACCAACAUUUUAAGCCCUUAUCCUCAGUGGCAUCCUGCGGAGGCUGACUAAUCUGUCGCCGACUUUAUCUUUUGCCACUGAAGUUGUUUGCAAGGAAAACAUCUUUCGACUCUGAAAAUGUGGCUUUUGUACAUUCAACGCAAUCUUAAACGUUUCAUCGUCUGUGAAAGCUGCAGGAGAACGAUGUAUUUUCUUUGAAGUGCCGUGUAAAGUUCACCCGAAGAAAGGAACAUUUGGCUAGCUAGCUACCGCUGGCUGCUGCUAAAGCUAGCUAGCCAGCCUUCUGCCUCGCCAGUGAGCUGUUUUUGUUCACAAACCAACAUCGGGGCUGAGUUUAACAGCAAACAUGUCUGCUGGGGAAAGCAUGGCGGCUCGAUUUGAAAAAAUCGAUGCCAUGUUGAAGGACCCAAAGUCAGAAGUAAACACGGAUUGUCUUCUGGAUGGCUUGGACGCACUGGUGUAUGACCUUGACUUUCCUGCCCUGAGGAAAAACAAGAGCAUUGACAACUUUUUGAGUAGAUAUAAGGAAACCAUUAGUAAAAUCCGUGAUCUACGCAUGAAAGCGGUGGACUAUGAGGUGGUUAAAGUUAUUGGGAGAGGAGCAUUUGGAGAGGUGCAACUGGUGAGACACAAAGCCACGCGCAAAGUAUACGCCAUGAAGCUGUUGAGCAAGUUUGAAAUGAUCAAGAGGUCGGACUCUGCUUUCUUCUGGGAGGAAAGGGACAUCAUGGCUUUUGCCAACAGCUCAUGGGUGGUGCAGCUAUUUUUUGCAUUCCAAGAUGACCGCUACCUCUACAUGGUGAUGGAAUACAUGCCGGGUGGCGACUUGGUUAACUUGAUGAGCAACUAUGACGUCCCGGAGAAGUGGGCCCGCUUCUACACCGCUGAAGUGGUGCAGGCUCUGGACGGAAUCCACUCCAUGGGCUUCAUCCACAGGGACGUAAAGCCUGAUAACAUGUUGCUAGACAAAGCAGGCCACCUAAAACUGGCCGACUUCGGGACCUGCAUGAAAAUGAACAAGGAUGGUAUGGUACGAUGCGACACAGCAGUGGGAACUCCAGACUACAUUUCGCCGGAGGUACUGAAAUCUCAAGGGGGAGAUGGCUGCUAUGGCAGAGAGUGUGACUGGUGGUCAGUGGGGGUGUUCCUGUACGAAAUGCUUGUCGGUGAGUCAGACCAGAACGAUGAAACAGGAAGAGGAAGGGGAGGUCGGGAAGAAGUGGAUUCAAAUAUACGAGCGAGAGAACUUCAAGUAGGAUUCAAGAAAGAGGAAGAAGAAGAGCGGGGCGAGGCAUGCUCCGACACAGGUCAUACCGUGAAGAAUCUGCGGAUACAGGGAGAACAGGAGUCGAGCAAGCGAGUCCAGUCUCAGAACGACCUGAAGAGCCGCUCGCAGGAAGUGGACCGGCUGCGGUGUUCAGAGAAACAGGUCAAACAGGAACUCAACACGGCGAUGGAGAGCAAACGCUCGCUGGAGUUCCAACUGGCACAGCUGACCAAACAAUACAGAGGCAAUGAGGGACAGAUGAGGGAACUUCAGGACCAGCUUGAGGCCGAACAGUAUUUUUCUACGCUUUACAAAACUCAGGUCAAGGAGCUAAAAGAGGAGAUUGAGGAAAGGAACCGGCAGGUACAAGACACUCAUAAAAAGGUGCAGGAGCUGUGCAGUGAAAGGGACUCCCUGUCUGCCCAGCUGGAUCUGACGGUGACCAAGGCCGAGUCAGAGCAGCUCGCCCGGGCUCUGCAGGAGGAGCAGUACUUUGAGCUCAGCCAGGAGAACAAGAAGGCCACAAGUAGACAUAAGCAGGAGGUAGGGGAGAAGGAGUCUACUAUUACACGGCUUGAGGACUCCAAUAAAACUCUGACCAAAGAUGUGGAGAUCCUCAGCAAGGAGAAGUCGGACUUAAGUGAGAAGCUUGGCACUCAGAAUGAAGAGUAUGAAGCUCAGAAGGAAGAGAUUGCAAAUACAAUCAAGGCCAACUAUGAGAAGGUCCUGAACACAGAGCGCACACUGAAGACUCAGGCGGUGAACAAGCUGGCCGAGAUCAUGAACCGCAAGGACAUGAAGCUGGACCACAAGAAGAAGGGCAGCACGGCCGACCUGCGGAAGAAGGAGAAGGAGAACCGCAAGCUUCAGCUGGAUCUGAACCAGGAGAAGGAUAAGUUCAACCACAUGGCCAUCAAGUACCAGAAGGAGUUGGGCGAGAUGCAGGCGCAACUGACAGAGGAGUCCACGUAUCGCAACGAGCUUCAAAUGCAGCUGGACAGCAAGGAGAGCGACAUCGAGCAGCUCCGGGAGAAACUGAACGACCUGCAGCUGCGCAUGGACAACUCGAGCGUCACCAGCCUGCAGGCGGAUGAGACGGACAGCAACCUCGCAGAAUCCAGAUUGGAGGGUUGGCUGUCCAUUCCGAACCGUGCUAAUAUCAAGCGUUACGGCUGGAAGAAGCAGUAUGUGGUGGUGAGCAGCAAGAAGAUUCUGUUCUACAAUGAUGAGCAGGAUAAGGAACAGUCCAAUCCCUCAAUGGUACUAGAUAUCGACAAACUGUUCCACGUGAGACCAGUCACACAAGGAGACGUGUACCGAGCCGAGACAGAAGAAAUUCCAAGAAUAUUCCAGAUUCUGUAUGCCAAUGAGGGAGAGUGCAGGAAGGAGGCGGACAUGGAAACAGUCCCACAGGGCGACAAGACCAACUGUCUCCCACACAAAGGCCACGAGUUCAUCCCCACGCUGUAUCACUUCCCUUCCAACUGUGAGGCGUGCUCCAAGCCUCUGUGGCACGUCUUCAAGCCGCCUCCGGCCCUGGAGUGUCGCCGCUGCCACGUCAAGUGCCACAAAGACCACCUCGACAAAAAGGAGGACCUUAUUGCUCCUUGCAAAGUACACUACGAUGUGACCUCUGCCCGGGACAUGCUCCUGCUGGCCCUGACCCAGGAUGAGCAGAAGAAAUGGAUUGGCCACCUUGGAAAGAAGAUUCCCAAGACCCCACCAUCCACAUUUUCAAGAGCCUCACCUCGUACCAUGUCCACUCGCUCCGGACCAAACCAGUCCUUCCGGAAGAACCCUAAAAGCAAUACAGGAAAGCUGAGCAGAGCGCAGUCCAGCCUCCAAGCAGCAGACACAACAUCCAGCACUUGUUGACAGGAACUUCUUCACAAAGUGUUGAUUUUUAGAUUUUUCUCUACAGCUUUAAAACCCGUCUAUUUAUUAAUUGUGUAACUGGGUGUUUCUAACACGAGACACUUCCUGGUUGGUUGGUUGCUUGCUUGGUUGACUCCUGGGCUCUUUCCAGUAGACACUUGGGUUUUUUCUAAUUGGCACUAAUGUUUUGUCGGGUUCAGUAACUAACUCGUAGACUUACUAUGCAACUCUUCCUGAGAAUGAUCCACGUUAAGGAUUUUGACAUUACCUGUUGAACAUGAGGCAGUGGUGAUAACGGUGUUGCAGUGUAUGUUGACUUAGAUUGGGAUACUAACCAAGGCAAAUAUAAUGUCGCUCUUUUACUGGACACCUGUCUCUGUUUUUUUUUUUG